AUGGUUGCAGUCGAUCUGCUUCGACAUAUUCGAUUCCUCCUCGUGUUGCUGAGGCCCCCCGUUCCUAUUUUUAGAUAUCGAUCAAAACGUGGGAACAAAUCGUUUCUCAGCUUCUGGCUAACGGUCCUCACUAUGCGGUGGGAGAUUGUCAAUGCCUCGAAAUCGUGGCAGAUCGAGGCGUUCGCCUCGGAUAACAUUUCCUGCCAGGCGCUAACUGGGAGUUGA